GACGGCAUGCCAGAGGCCAAGCCGACCUCCACAACCAGAGGGCAGCUGCCAGGCAUACCUGCUUCGAUCGACCGCGUCUCCGCAGAGUGCAUCUGGAAGGCCUUCUGCAACAGCGAGCAUGAGUAUGUCCGGCAUCGGAAACUGAAUCCGGCCGUACCGCGUCAGCAGCUGCUGUCCCAGCUUCACGGCUUUGAGGUCGUCAAGAAUGCAUCGUACAUCAGCGUUCGCAGGCAGAAGCCUACUGGGGAGGAGCUGCAGGGUUCAAUGAGCCGCUUCGUAGGCGAGGACACCAAGGAGAAAUUCGGGCCUCCACCUUUCGUCAUGCCAGUCGUAGAGGUGACGCCAGAGCGUCCCCCCUUGCAAAUGCCGAAGUAUGGCCGAUUCUCCUGCGAUCAUAUGUGUCCACUCGAGGUGAACCCGGAAGCUUCGCAAACAGGAAGGACUUUGGCACGGGUAAUGUCGAUGCCAGCGGUCAAGUAA